AUGAGCGGGAAGCAGCUCGUGGACAGAAUGCAGUCGCGCGUGGAGCAGGCCAAAGGCAUGCGGGAUGAGGAGAAGCUGUACCGCUACAAAGGCGUGCUGUACCCCUGCAUUAUGUGUCCGGAGGAGAACCUGAAGGCGCUGGACAGCAUCAGCGCCAGAGCGGACGACAUCAUGCUGGUGGCGUACCCCAAGUGCGGCUUUAACUGGAUGGUGGGCGUGCUGCGUCAGAUCAUCGCACAGGCAUCAGGAGUCAAAGAAGAGUCCAGGAUGCCUCCGCUCAUCGAGUUCUUUGGUCCAGAAGCCCUCACGAAUGUUGGAAACGCUCCUUCACCGAGAUUCCUGGGCACACACAUGCAUCCAGACAACAUCCCUGCCACCUUCUACCAAAAUAAAUCUAAGAUGCUAGUGAUUUUCAGAAACCCCAAAGACACUGUGGUCUCCUAUUACCAUUUCUGCAACAACAACCCAGUACUGCCCUCUGUCAAGUCCUGGGACUCCUUCUUCCAAGACUUCAUGUCUGGAGAUGUGCCAUGGGGCUCUUACUUUACACAUGCUUUGGCCUGGGAGAAGAAGAUGGAUGACCCCAAUGUGAUGAUUGUAACCUAUGAGGAUCUCAAACAGAAUCUAAGUGAAGGAGUUCGUCAGAUCUCCACGUUCUUUGGCUUUUCUCUGACUGAAGCUCAGGUGGAGCAGAUCUCACAGGGGAGCACCUUCAGCGCCAUGAAGGAGCGAUCUGCGAACUCCCAUGGCAACAUGGGCAAUGUCUUCUUCAGGAAAGGUGAAGUUGGAGACUGGAAGAACCACUUCUCCCCUGAGCAGAGCCAGCAGAUGGAUGAGACCUUCAAAAAUCGCCUGGAAGGAACCAGAAUUGGAGCUCUGCUAAAGUACCAGCUGCACUGUCAGUAGGACUAUAAGCAAGAAAUGUUUUGAACAACUUUAGAAUAACUACACAUUAAUUAGCCUUAAAAAUGCAAAAGAGAUAUUUCACAAUGAACAAGAAGUACAUCAACACUGAUUCAGGCUUAGAAACUACUUACUUAAUACUCUUACCCCUAACUCCUCAGUACUUACUAAGCCUGAAUCAUUCUUAAUGAACUAGGUUAUAUGUUCAUUAAGAAUAAAACCUGCAUGAGUCCACGUUUCCAUGGAAAUAGAAAGUUAAAACAUACCUCUGAACAUUCUCCAUGGAGAUAGAUGCAUUUUAUGCCUGUGGAAUAUUAUAACCAGAAAAAUAACAUUUCCAUGGAAACAAGCAGAGGAGACCCUCCUUCAGGCUCAGAGUCAGGCUUGUGGAGAUGCAAGCCUGCUCAGAGUAAAGAUGCUUUUUUUUAGUUUUUCAAUGUAAAAAAUAAAACCAAAAUGAAAAAAAGCUAUUAUUUUGGUCUAUUCUUUGGCUAAAAGUUAUAUCCUGUGGCUUUAAGGCUAAUUAUGGUGUAGUAAUCCAGGUUCAGGUUAAAGUUUCACAAUAAAAUGAAUUAUAUUUAGUUUUAUAAAUACCGUGUGUCAAUCUUGAAAAAAACUUUAAGCGCCUUAAUACAUUUUGUGCCGUAUGAAAUCACCAGGGCAGCCAUUCCCAAAAUAUAUGAAGUGAUUGUUUAAGAUUUUCUCAGGUAUUCACUGAAACAUCGCAAUUUCAAUCAGUUCACCUAAACUGGUGAAUAUGAUGGUCAUGUUGAGUGGAUUUUGGUAAAAUCACAUGAACUAAUUUACAAUGUGUUUUUACAAGUCUUUCAAUAAAGUACUCUUCAGAUCUUCAACUGUCAGGUUUUCCAAUACUUGAACCAGCUUGACCGGCAGCUAGUGACCUCACUGUGUGUCGUUGGUUUGUGAUGUGUGCAUGUUACUCCCAUAGCAAUAAAGAUUUUAUGCUUUUUC